AUGACUGAUCUCAGGAUUAGUAAGACCGUCUCAGUGAAUGGACUUCCUAACAGUUCACCUAGUAAACCUUUUCUCAAGAGACGGUGCCUCAGCGACACCUCGGACCUGUUUGCCAUGAUCGAGAGGAUGCAGAGUUGCAGAAUGGACGAGCAAAGAUGCCCCCUCCCUCCUCCCCUCAAAACAGAAGAAGAUUACAUCCCUUAUCCCAGCGUUCAUGAGGUUCUGGGUCGCAGAAGUCCUUUUCCACUCAUCCUUUUGCCUCAGUUUGGAGGCUACUGGAUUGAGGGAACUAAUCAUGAACCUAAAGACCAACCAGAAGCAGAUCAGCCUGCCUGUCCUUUCUCCCAAAUAAAACUGGAAACAAACAGCACCGCCAAGAUCUACAGGAAACAUUUUAUGGGCAAGGAACACUUUAAUUACUACACCAUGGAUGCUGCCCUGGGGCACAUAGUCUUUUCAGUGAAGUAUGAUGUCAUUGGGGAUCAAGAGCAUCUGCGCUUGAUGCUACGCACAAAGUUUAAAACCUAUCAUGAUGUGAUUCCCAUCUCCUGCCUCACGGAGUUUCCCAAUGUGGUUCAGAUGGCCAAGCUUAUUUGUGAAGAAGUAAACGUGGAUAGGCUUUACCCUGUUCUCUACCCAAAGGCAUCGAGGCUUAUUGUCACCUUUGAUGAGCAUGUAAUCAGCAACAACUUCAAGUUUGGAGUUAUUUAUCAAAAGUUUGGUCAGACGUCAGAGGAGGAGCUGUUUGGGAAUAUGGAAGAAAGUCCUGCUUUUGUUGAGUUCUUGGAGUUUCUGGGAAAGAAGAUUGAACUUCACGACUUUAAAGGUUUUCGGGGCGGGCUCGAUGUCACUCAUGGGCAGACGGGGACAGAGUCCAUCUACACAAGUUUCCAUAAUAAGGAGAUCAUGUUUCAUGUGUCCACCAAACUGCCUUACACAGAAGGAGACUCACAACAGCUGCAGAGGAAGAGGCACAUAGGCAACGACAUUGUAGCCAUCGUGUUCCAGGAGGAAAAUACACCCUUUGUACCAGAUAUGAUCCAGUCCAACUUCCUGCAUGCCUACGUGGUGGUGCAGGUGGAAAAUGCAUGCACAGACAAUGUCACCUACAAGGUGUCGGUAACGGCACGUGACGACGUACCUUUCUUCGGACCAGCUCUGCCUGACCCUGCCAUCUUCAAAAAGGGUUCGGAGUUCCACGAGUUCCUUUUCACCAAGCUCAUCAAUGCGGAAUACGCCUGCUACAAGGCCGAGAAGUUUGCCAAGCUGGAGGAGCGCACGCGCUCGGCCCUGUUGGAGACGCUGUAUGAGGAGCUGCACAUCAACAGCCAGUCCAUGAUGGGUCUGGGUGGAGACGAGGACAAGCUGGAGAACGGGGGUGCAGGAGGGGGCGGGGGCUUCUUCGAGUCCUUCAAGCGGGUCAUCCGCAGCAGAAGCCAGUCUAUGGAUGCCAUGGGCCUCAGUAACAAGAAGUCACACACAGUCUCAACUAGUCACAGUGGCAGCUUUACCCAUAAUCCCGCAGAGAGUCCCAAAACCCCAGGGAUUUCAUUGCUUGUCCCGGGGAAAAGUCCCAGUAAAUAUGGACGCCGAGGCAGUGCCAUAGGGAUAGGAACAAUAGAAGAGUCACUAAUCAUUCCUGGGAAGAGCCCAACCAGGAAAAAGUCUGGGCCCUUCAGCUCCCGUCGCAGCAGUGCCAUCGGCAUCGAGAAUAUCCAGGAGGUUCAGGAGAGGAGCCGAGAGGUGUCCCCCAGCGCCCAGAGGAUACUGGACAGCAGCCACCUGUCGCAAGAAAACAAAUCUGACAACUCGUCCAAUCACAGCUCUCCAGAUUUUACUGCCACAAAAAACAGGGCGCCGUCCAUCCCUGAGGCUCAGGACCUUUCUCGCUCCUCGUCCAACGCCAGCAGCUUCGCCAGCGUUGUGGAAGAGAACGAAGAAGAGGAGUACGACACCGGACUGGAAAGCGCCUCCUGCAUCACGCCAGUACAAAGAGACUCGUUCGUGUACGGCUCCGGGGUGGAGGACAGCGCGGGCAGCCCGGCAAGUUCUACAGCACCGUCCCGUCCUCAGCAGCCUUCGGAUCCAGCGAAGACAUCCGAGCCAAAAGGGACGGACGGCCAGCCCAAGACAGAGCGACCCCAGCUGGAGCGCAAGCUCUCAUCAGUGAGACAACGGACACAGCAUCACUCAUUAAAUGGCACCGAUACAUACGUCAGCUGA